UAAGAUAUCAGGUCCUCAUCAUCUACAGUCUUACCAACUGCAGCAAGUUGGUCAGCCCAACUCUUUGCAACAAAGCAUGUAAUUUGAGCAAUUUUUGGAUCCCUAAUUUUAACGUAUGGAGUUGAUGCUUGAGCCUUGAGGUGUGAGAUUCUUGAAUGAGAAUUAGAAGCAAAUUUCUUAGCCAAGUGAGUCCAAACUUGGCAUGCAGUAUUCUGUCUAUAAAUAGUCUCUGCAUAUUCUUUGCUUCGUAACUGCGCGCUCUUUACUUUAUUGUAUGCCAUGAGUCUCUUCAUCUUCAGCAGAUGGGCAACAACUCUUCUGUGAGUCUCUUGCUCUCCUUUAAUUACUCUACAUGUGUUAUCAGUGUUGAUUCUGGACAUACUUCUAACACGCAUCCGAAUUCUUUUUCAAUCCGGCAAUCGCUCUUGUGUCAAUAACGAUGCCGCAAAACGAUGACGUACGGUUCACUUCGUCCUCUCUCAAAGUCCCUCUCCCUCCACAACCCUCACCCUUCAAAUUCCCGUUCUGUUCCCAAACCUUAGCUUCGCAAAUGGCGAAGACUAGGAACUCGCUUGCUCAGCUCAUCGACUCUGUCAAGACUCGCUCGGAUUUCAAGCGAUUCCGCCCGGGAUUCUCUCAUUUCUGGAAUCGGUCCACUGAGACGAGAAAAUCUUCUCUUCUUUGUUCGGCGUCGUUGUCUCUGAUUCGGUCGGACGAGUCGACUCAAGCAGAGUCGUUUGGAACUCAGAAAUCGGGCUCGAGAAGUCGAUACGGGAAGGAGGAGGAGCAGAGGCUGUUGGUACCGAAAUCUUCGCUUCUCUGUUCGGCUUCGUUGGCGCUGAAUCGGCCCGACGAGCCGGCGACUCAGGGAGACUCUUCGGGGAGGGAGGCUCAGCCAAAGGGACACUCCACGAGUCGAGUGUACGACGAGGAGAGGGUGCUGAUCAGCGAAGUGCUGGUGAGGAACAGGGACGGCGAGGAGCUCGAGAGGAAAGACCUGGAAAUGGAGGCCUUGCAGGCGCUUAAGGCGUGCCGAGCCAACUCCGCGCUCACGGUGCUCGAGGUUCAGGAGGAUGUGCAUCGAAUCAUCCACAGCGGGUACUUCUCCUCGUGCAUACCCGUCGCGGUCGACACGCGGGACGGCAUCAGAUUGGUGUUUCAGGUAGAACCAAACCAGGAGUUCCAAGGGUUGGUUUGUGAAGGAGCUAAUGUUCUUCCAGCAAAAUUUCUAGAGGAUUCUUUCCGUGAUGGAUAUGGAAAAGUGAUUAAUCUCAGGCGUUUAAAUGAAGCUAUAUCUUCUAUCAAUGGAUGGUACAUGGAGCGGGGGUUUGUUGCCAUGGUUUCAGCUGUUGAGAUUCUCUCUGGGGGUAUUCUUAGGUUACAAGUUUCUGAAGCCGUGGUCAAUAAGAUAUCCAUAAGUUUCCUGGACAGAAAAACCGGUGAGCCCACUACAGGGAAGACAAAGCCAGAAACAAUACUUCGACAACUUACAACCAAGAAGGGUCAGGUGUACAGUAUGCUUCAAGGAAAAAGAGAUGAGGAGACCGUAUCAACCAUGGGAAUCAUGGAAAAUGUUAGCAUUAUUGCCCAGCAUGCAGGUGAUACUGGUAAGGUUGAUAUGGUAAUGAAUGUUGUUGAGCGUCCAAGUGGAGGUUUUUCUGCUGGUGGUGGAAUAUCAAGUGGGAUUACAAGUGGCCCAGCAGGACUCAUUGGAAGCUUUGCAUACUCUCAUAGGAAUGUUUUUGGAAGAAACCAGAAACUCAAUAUCUCUCUAGAGAGGGGCCAGAUUGACUCAAUAUUCCGCAUAAAUUAUACCGACCCAUGGAUUGAAGGAGAUGACAAGCGGACAUCCAGAACAAUAAUGGUUCAGAAUUCAAGAACCCCUGGAACACUUGUUCAUGGUGACCAAUCGGAUGGAAGUUGCCUGACCAUUGGCCGUUUCACAGCUGGUAUAGAAUUCAGCCAACCAAUCAGGCCUAAGUGGAGUGGAACAGCGGGUCUUUUUUUUCAGCAUGCUGGCGUUCGUGAUGAAAAAGGAGAUCCUGUUAUCAAGGAUUUUUUCAGCAGUCCGCUUACUGCAAGUGGCAAAGUCCAUGAUGAUAUGCUACUUGCUAAAUUUGAGAGUGUCUACACUGGAUCUGGUGACCAGGGCUCUUCAAUGUUUGUAGUCAAUAUGGAACAGGGACUUCCUGUUUUGCCUGAGUGGUUGUCUUUCAACAGAGUGAAUGCUCGUGCCAGGAAGGGUAUAGAAAUUGGUCCUUCUCGCUUUCUUUUAAGUUUGUCUGGUGGCCAUGUCGUGGGUAAUUUCCCUCCACAUGAAGCAUUUGCUAUUGGUGGAACCAACAGUGUGAGAGGUUACGAAGAAGGUGCUGUUGCCUCUGGUCGAUCUUAUGCUGUUGGUUCUGGAGAAAUCUCUUUCCCCAUGUUGGGCCCGGUAGGGGGAGUUAUUUUCGCUGACUAUGGAACUGAUCUUGGAUCAGGCCACACUGUGCUUGGUGAUCCCGCCGGAGCAAGGCUGAAGCCUGGAAGUGGAUAUGGAUAUGGGUUUGGCAUCCGAGUUGAGUCACCACUGGGUCCCCUGCGGCUCGAAUACGCAUUCAGUGACAGGCAUGACAAGAGGUUUCACUUCGGGGUUGGUUAUCGGACCUGAGGUCCUCUUUAGACUCUGGUUUCUUCUCCUUUGGAUGCUAGUCGCCACUGUGCUUUUUUGUAACUAAUUUUUGUUCUUGAUGUAGAGUCCUACUAUUGCUAGAGUUUUUUUGUUUUUUGGUUAUAUUACCUUUGUCAUUACUUGA